GAUUCCACCCCUGCCGCAACAACGCAAGCCCGAGCAAAGCCACGGAGAACCGCACCGCAAUCGCGUCUCGUCGUGGAAAGGGAGCGGGGCGUUGGGAGUUCUAGACAAAUCUCUCUCGUCACCACCACCGUUCACCGCCACCCUCCCUGUCGCCUCCUUAAGCCUCUCUCCUUCGCGUGGGAGGGACACCGAGCCCUUCUCCGCCCACCGCGUCGCCAGGGGAAACCCUAGCGGCUGUAGAUCUCUGCGCCGGCGCUCCGAUCUGGGCGGCCAGCGCCCCGAUUCGGCUUUUCCCGUGGCCUGAAAUGGCGGCGGAGGGGGCGAACAACGAGCUCGAGGAGCAACUCAGGGAUGUCGGGGCCCGCUUGCAGGCGGCGCCCGACGACGCCGACGGCCUGCUCAAGCUCCUCGCCGAGGUCGAGGAUUAUUUGACGCGAGUGGAACAAUCACCUCCAGGAAGCACAUCUGAUGCUGUCCGCCCAGCAAUGGCUGCCCUGGUUAGGGAAGACCUGCUGAGUCACUCUAACGCUGAUGUCAAACUUGGUGUAGCAUCCUGUAUAUCUGAGAUUACAAGGAUCACUGCACCUGAGGCCCCAUAUGAUGAUAAUGUUAUGAAGGAUGUGUUUUCCAUAAUUGUGGGGGCAUUUCAGAAUUUAGAUGAUAUUGAGAGCCCGUCCUUUGCAAGGAUUUUUUCAAUCCUUGACACUGUGGCAAAGGUCCGGUCAUGUGUGGUGAUGUUAGAUCUUGAGCUGGAUGAUCUGAUACGGGAUAUGUUUAACCACUUCUUCAAAACUGUGUCAUCAAACCAUCCUGAAUAUGUCAUAUCAUCUAUGGUGACAACAAUGAGACUGGUAAUAGAUGAGAGUGAAGAAGUACAGACUGCUCUUGUGUCAUGUCUUCUCCAAAAUGUCAGAAAUGAAGAGAGGGAAAAAUCUCCAGCUUCUUUUGAACUUGCAGAGAAGGUGAUAAGUUCAUGUGAUGCUGAGAAACUGAAACCAAUAUUGCUGGAGUUACUUCAAGUUGAAGGCACUUCCCUGGAUGAUUACAGCAAAGUUGUCACGCUGGUUUGUGAAGAUGCUGAAGUUGUCAAGGAAGACAACAACGUUGAUCCUUCUGGGAAGGACACGGUGGAUGAUGGCAAACUUUCUGAAAGGACUAUUUCUGACGAGUUACCUCAGGAAUCUUCGAAAGUGGAGCAAGAUGGUACUCCAACUACUGCUAUUAGCAGUGGUGCAACUCCAGUUGAUAAUAAUGAAGCUAGUGAAGCACCACCUUCACCAAAAGAUAAGCCUUGCAAUACUGAAGACGCAGAAGAUGUUGGUCAGUUGAAAUCUGGUAACAGUGAAGGCGCAGAAUCUCUUGAUGCAAAGCCCAAGAAAUCAUCUGAAGUUGAUUCAGACAAAGGCCUGAAGCUCAAAUCCAGCAAGUCUGAGGCAACUCCACAUUCUGAUGUUGAUAUCGACAAAGACACAUCUGGAGAGUUGUCUGCAGAUAAAAAGGCCGUAAAUGGAGUGGCUGAUAAGACAUCAAAGCUUGCUGAUGUAGUUAAGCCAAAACGAGGCCGCCCCCCUGGACCAAAGUCAUCAGAGAAGAAGGCUGGUAGAAAUAACAAACCUUCGGGUUUAGAUUUGAAGAAGGCUGAGGCUACUAAUUCAGCUGGAAAGUUAACAAAACGGUCAGCUAAGGAUGAUGUCAAGUCUUCCACAAGAAAGGCUGGUGAAGAAGAAUCAUCAAAGAAGCAGCAAAACCACAAGGAUGAAACCCUCUCUGAGGAUGACACUGCCAAGGAUCCGACUCUGAAGGAAAUGGCCACACCAAAGUCUCUGGCCAAGGGGUCAGGUAGAACCAAGGGUCAAGGCAGGGAAAAUAGUGGGAUGAAGAGGAAGCGUGAGCAAGAGACUGAAGAGACUCCUCGUUCAAGAAAAAACAAAGGCCUGGAUGGUAGCCUAGUUGGUUCAAGGAUUAAAGUAUGGUGGCCAGAUGAUGAGAUGUUUUAUAAGGGUAUUGUUGACUCAUUUGAUACUAACUCAAAAAGGCACAAGGUAGCGUAUGAUGAUGGAGAUGUGGAGGUACUACUGCUUAGGGAUGAAAAAUGGGACUUCAUUGGUGAGGAAAAAGACAGAACUCCUGACGUGGCAACUGAGACGCGACGUGGCAGAAAAGGGAGAGGAAACUCUGUUCAGUCAGUGAAGGAAGAAAAAACUGAAACACCUAAAAGUGAUGGAGGGAGUCUUCCGAAGAAAAGGGGCCGCCCGAAAGGAUGGCGCCCAAACAAUGGUGGCAUGCCAUCUACUACUCCAAGUAAAUCAAAGGGGAAAAUUGCUAGCAAGGAUGCCAAAGCGACACCCAAAACUGGCAGUGAUCUUAAGAGGGAAGGUGAAAAGGGAUCCAAGGACAAAGCCACUCAAUCAGCUGACAAGACAAAGGUUGAUGUUCCUAAAGACAGCAGCAAGGGCAAGGAUGAAAGCAAAUCCGGUGAUGGAUCUGUGAAAGGUAGGCCAGGUCGGAAACCAAAAGCUGCUGUUACUCCUGCAGCUGAAGAUGAGUCUGUCAAAGAGAAGCUGAAGGACAAAGAAGCUGAGGCAUCUGAAAUGCAGGAGGCAUCCGGCAAGGGCAAGGAUUCAAAGGAUGAAAACAAAUCAGGUGAUGGAUCUGUCAAAGGUAGGCCAGGCCGGAAACCGAAAGUUGCUGCUACUCCUACAGCUGAUAGUGGAUCUGUCAAAGAGAAGCGGAAGGAGAAAGAAGCUGAGGCAUCUGAAUUGGAGCAGGAGGCAUCUGGCAAGGCAUCAGCUGGAAAUAAGCGCAGAAGGAAGGCUUAAACUUGGUCGCCCGUGAACUUGUCUUGUAAAUGGGUUCCCUCUCUUUAGUCAUCGGUGUUGGCACAUUGCACCGUGUAUGGAUUAUGUAUUAUUGUCGGUUACCCAUUAAAUUGUCUGCUGAUUGGGCAUCAUCGUGUUGUAGGUAGGGAGCUGUUAGCAAGAAACGUUUGCAGUAGCUGUAAUGCUAGGCGUAACUUGUGUUGUUGGAUGCAUGAUGGAACCUAUGGAUGAUGUUGUAGCCAGUUUAUUGAUGUUCAAUUUAUAUAGGCUAUUUGAUCUGUGAGUUUUUA